AAUUUUCCACCGCCACUCCCACAAUUUCCUCUCGAGAACUCCCACUAUUCUCUGUCGCAUUCCUCCCUUCAAGACCCCUGUAUAUCAUUCUUUCUUUUUCUAUGAUCUCUGCUUGACCAUGGAGGACAGAGACAUGGGUAGCUUAGAGGAGGACCAGCUGGUUCAAAUGGUCCAAGACUUCAUAGAAUCUGAGUCGUCAUCCCCCGCAAAUUCUACUUCAUCAAAGUGUCGCUCUUUGACUCAUCGAACCCAAUGUUAUAUUUUGCAGGAUAUCCUAAGGAGCGAGACAAGAGCUGAGGCUAAGGUUCGGAACUAUGUGUUGAGCUUGAAGCGUAUGAGAGGAAGGAGGGAUGCUGAGAAAACUUCUAGUCCUAGGAAGUGGCUGGUCCUGAAGCUGAAAAUGGAGGGCCUCGAUGCUUCUCUGUGCCACACAUGUUGGGCCACCUCUUUAGGAUGUCCUGCUGGUCAAUAUGAAUAUGUUGAAGUGAAUAUUACGGAAGGCGAGAAUGGAAGUCCAGUGAGGCUUAUAGUGGACAUAGACUUCAGGUCCCAAUUUGAACUUGCAAGGCCAACACAAUAUUACAGAGAAAUGACAGAAUCACUCCCAGUGAUCUUCGUUGGGACGGAGAACAAAUUGAGCAGGAUAAUCUCCCUGCUUUGUUCUGCUGCUAAACAGUCCUUCAGAGAGAAGGGCCUGCACGUGCCCCCAUGGAGAACCACUUCUUAUAUGCAAUCCAAAUGGUUUUGUGGGCGUCAUCAUGAAGAGCCUCGCACACAAGGUGUUGAUGCUAGAGAAGCAGAAGGCGAAGAUGAAAUUGGCCAGUGGGUACCUCCUACAGUGAAACCCAGGAAAAGAGACUUGGCUGGGGGAUCUGGGUUAUCCAGAGAGUUCUCUGACUUGACCAUAAACUGUUGCUAGGUGAAGAGGCUCUGAUUUUGGUGAUCGUCCAAUUUUGAUAUUGUUUGUAAUCUCCAUUAUUGAAAUCAAGCCCUGAUCAUGACAAGUGAUAA